GUUCACUAAUGGCUAUAUCCAAUUCUUCGCCGUUUGCCCGUUUCCCGUGCAGGCAGCCACAGCGUCGAAGCUGUAGCAGAGAAAAUCCCUUAACUAAAUUCUAAGCCUUAAGCAACUUUGCUUCUGUUUCCCUAUUUGAGAUUAGGGUUUUGGCUUCCCAUUGUUCUCCCGCAGUACCAGAAUUCCAAAGUAUAUAUAGAUUCAUUUCCUUUGCUGAGUCUUAGGGUUAGGGUUUAACGGUUUUUGAUAAAAGAAUAAAAGAUGUAUGCUGAUCGAGUGGAGGCUACGAAUAGAAGGUCGAUAAAGGAGCGCCUCAAUGGCAAUACCGUCGACGACUCUACUCGCAGACGACAAGUCGCCGGCAAGAGGCAGAGGCAAGAGGACAAGUGGGAGCAUGAUCUUUAUGAGGAUGAUGAACGUCAAAUUCCAAAUCGCAAGUUUGAUGCUCGAGAUCUUCGUUUGAAGCUCCAAAAGAAAAGUCAGCAAGUUUCUCAAAGUGGGAAUGGCUCUUCUUCAGGCAUAAGAGAUCUCCGCGAAAAGCUAUCUGGGACCAUGAAUCCACAACCAGCGAAUAUUGAUCCACCAAAACCAAAAUCGGAGGCUGUCAAGCUAGUCAGCGCAAAUGUAGCUGUUGAAGCCUCUGAACCAGAGAGUAGAAAAGCUUCCAACUCAGCUCUAAGGAAAAAGUCUCAGCAGAAGGCAGUUUCAUCUGUGGAUAAUUUCCUGCUGUCUUUGGGUCUAGAAAAAUAUUUGAUUACUUUUCAAGUGGAAGAAGUUGACAUGACAGCUCUCGUGCACAUGACCGAUGAGGAUCUCAAGGCCUUAGGAAUACCAAUGGGUCCAAGAAAGAAGAUAUUGCUUGCAUUAGAAUCUAGAGGCUGAUAUUUGGACAGGAGGUUUGGUUCUUUCGGCUGUUCCGCUUCGACCUCGACAUGUAUUACUGGGUGGCCUCCAAAAUUAGCAGGCCUGCGUUUUGACUGAAACAUGCCUGCUUGUAACCUCUUCUUCUCCCAGUUGUAUUGCUAAAAAGUGGGUUUAACAGGCUUUUCUAUUGAUAUUAGACUGAUUUGAAAUUGCUAGUAACUUACUGCUUUGUGAACUCGUAAGAAAUUCCAUGAGAAUUUUUAGUGGAAUUAUUGUAAUUUUGAAGAUAGCUGGCGUUGUUUUA